CACUCCCGGUCUGUAGGCGUUGAAGAACUUCAAGGCACAAUCUCUGUCUGCAUUAAACUUUCCUAAACUUUUUUUCUACACAGUCAGCAGGACACUGCUACAAAACCAGAGCAGAUGGUCCGGGAGCAAUACACCACAACGACUGACGGAACAAGCCUAGAGCACCCAGAGCGGCAGUAUGUCUAUAAUAUUGGGAUUUACGGCUGGAGAAAGCGUUGCCUUUACCUGUUUGUUCUUCUUCUCCUCAUCAUCCUUGUUGUGAAUUUAGCUCUAACCAUUUGGAUUCUUAAAGUCAUGUGGUUCUCACCGACUGGAAUGGGGCACUUGCGUGUUACAAGUGAAGGCCUUCGUCUUGAAGGUGAAUCCGAGUUCCUGUAUCCAUUGUAUGCCAAAGAAAUCUGUUCGAGGGUGGAUAAUUCUCUGCAUCUGCAUUCUUCACAAAACGUGACUGUAAAUGCGCGUAACUCAGAGGGGGAGAUCACCAGCAGGCUGACAGUGGGUCCUAAGAUCAUAGAAACCCACGGUCAGCAAUUCCAGAUAAACUCGGAUAAAGGAAAGAUGCUGUUUUCUGUGGAUGAAAAAGAGAUUUUAGUUGGAACAGACAAGCUCAGAGUCACAGGACCAGAAGGCGCUUUGUUUGAACAUUCAGUUGAAACCCCGCUAGUCAGAGCGGAUUCCUCUAAACAACUCAGAUUGGAGUCACCUACUCGAUCUCUGAGCAUGGAUGCCCCAAAAGGAGUUUACAUAAAGGCGCAGACUGGGGUAAUCGAAGCUAUCUCACGGAGGGAUAUAAAAUUACACAGCAGUGAUGGAAUGGUGGUGCUGGAUGCAGAAAAAAUAUUUAUGCCCAAACUGCCUCAAGGAGCAAAGACUGGGUCAGGUGGCAGGUCUCAGGAACUGUACGAAAUUUGUGUGUGUCCAGAUGGGAAACUCUAUCUGUCUGUAGCCGGGUCAGGGUCCACCUGCCAGGAAUACAGCCGUGACUGCCAGUGAAGGACUUUUCUAAGCCAGUGGAUAUCAGCCGUGCGUUCUAUAAAGCCCGGUGACUUUCAGCUGUUUGUUUAAAAAACUCUAUAAGGAUUUCGUUACAAAAAGUACAUUCGUGUGGGAGGCUUAUUUGUAUUUCAGAAAAUACUUUUAAAAAGGAUAUUUCAAUAUUUUUUUAGCCACUGUAAAAUAGCACAAGUUAAUUCUGACUUGGAAGUGAAUCAUCAUCCGUUGGUCUCGGGUAAAACCAGAGAAUUAAGGGCUGUAGACUCUGGAGUGCAGCCACCUAAUGAAAUGAGUAUUAUGUUGCAUCACUGAACUGUUCCGUGAUUGUUCAACUAGGUAAUUAAUUGAAAACCAUUCUAACUUUUCUCCUAAUUCCAGUACAUUUCUGCUUCUACUACAAUUUAUUGUAUUCAUUUGAUUUCAAUUACCUGUUUCAAAUAUUUAAAAGAUGAAUUGGUGCCAGCAAUAUACUAUGCAACCUGUCCUGCAAUUACAUAUCUCAUGGUCCGCUGUUACCAUUGUAAUAUUGGGUUGUAUGUUUUAUAUGUAUGAUCUUUUAGUACUUGGUUUGGUGGAAUUUUGUUUUUUGUUAAGAUGUGGUGGUGCACUUAAAUUCUCAUCAUUCACACAAGCUGAUUGACCCUCAAUUUUGAUAAGAGUUUACUUUGAAAGACACCAUUAAAUAAAAACUUCUUUAUGCCCCUAGG